AUGGCGGACAGGGAAGAGUUAAGGAAUUCACGAGGAUGUUGCAAUUGUGCGUGGAUUGUGAUCACGGUGGAAGGAUGGGUGAAACUCAUCGAGACGGUAACGACUUUGUUAGCGGCUGUUCUCACGCGUAGCUAUGGAUUCUAUCGCACCAAGAUGGAAUACAAAUAUCAAGUCGGCGUAGCCACGUGCGCGUGCAUCUUGGUGGUCCUGCACAUCAUUAUCAGAAGCUUACGAUGCUUCGAGAAGGUGCUACCGCUGCUUGGAAUGAUCGGAUGUUUUCUCCUCUCGGUUGCCUUAGUUGUUGGCUCUGGAAUUGUGUACCAUGAGGGCAACAUCUAUGAGAAAGGGGAUGUAAUGAUUGGAUCAGGCAUUUGUGGCUUCAUAGCUGCUAGUUUGUUCUUCUGUGAGGCGAUUUAUUAUCUCUUUGCCCUCGUUUGUCGCCGAUCACCUCCACGCCACGAUGAUGGAGAGACUCUAACUACAGAAAAACAUGGUCCGGCAGAAGAUCCUGCAAGUGCAGUGGUUUAGCGAGAACUGAGAUAAACAGAAAGAACUUGAUGCAUACAGAAAGAUGUUUAAGCUUCGAAUUAGACAAGAAGGUGAUUGCUACGAGAUAUUAUCUCACAGUAGAAUGUUGUCUAUUAUUUUGAUUUACCUAUUUGAGAAACAAAAAAAGUAUUUAGGACGUCUGAAACAGAGAAAUUUAUCGUAGGUUUGAUAAAAUCAAGCUUCCCUCGCUGUCAUUCAACCAAUGUUUGCGUUAUGUCGCCUGACACUCGCCAAGUAUUUCCGGCGAGUUACAUGCGUUUUUAUGUUGUAGUUCUAUUUCUGUUUGAGAUUAAAUUAUUAAAAUAAAGCGGUAGGACUUAACAGACCCUAGUUUCACUGUUGGAAUGGUUUCUGCUGCUUUAACCUGAUUUUCACUAAAGACGCAAGCAACACAACUCUUAUUUCACUGUGUAAACAGCCUCAACGCAAGCACGAACGGAAGCACGCGCCCAGUCAUAAAGAUUCAAAUUUCUCCUUUUUCUUGUGCUAGUGCUUGUGCUUGUCGACUUCCGUUUUCACUUGGCAUAUUCACCUAAAGCUUGCCGGUGUUUGUACCGGCUUACACUUGUGCUUGCGUCGCUAGUGGAAAACCAGGCUUAAUCGAUACAAGAGGAAAAAUUUACAACAGUUGCCUCUCCAUCUCCACUUCACAGCUUGAACCUUCCAAGCAUAUUUGUGCUUGCAGGCAUGCAGAGAAGACAAUUGUUCGAAUCAAGUUCCUGUUACAUUAGACAUGUAUCCUGUUACAUCAAAACCUAUCGAGUUUGUUUACCUAUGCGUCACUUACGAACGUAAAAUUUGGUGAUUUACAACGUUGUGUUGGAUGGAGCGGCUACGAAAUGUACCAAGUUGUGAGGAGGCAUUGGGAUUUUCGGUUUUGUGGUUUUGGUUAUUUCUUUAGGUCGGUUUUUUGGUUUUGGUGUUCAUUGCGGUUUGCGGAUAUUCCGUUUGCCAGCAUUUUCGCCAAAAAUACCAAUGGGUUUUCGGAUUUGAUAUUCGAUGCGGUAUUUGACCGAUUUGGGUUCCGGUUUCUCUUCGAUUUGAGUGGCAAUUACACGCCUCCGCUGCCGCUAAACGCAAAUGUUAUCGAGAGGAAUGCGUGACAAACCAAUUGAAAUAUCGCAGGGAACCCUAGGUAGCCUACGUGUAGCCGUACCCUCCCCUCCCCCCCAAGGGGGGAAGGGGACUGGCUUCUCUCGCCUGGCGAUCCUUUUGCGCCAGCCGCAUGCUGAGCGCAAACGCUUCGACUAGUAAUUUUCCUAGGAAAUUUGUUCAUCACGGAACAUUGCCAGAGUUUCUUCAUCAACGCCACCUCGAAGUUGGUGACCAAGUUACAGGCCACAUGUGACUGAUUCAACAUUCCAAUAGAAUUUCCAAACUUUCAGGCCUUAAUUCGCAAAUUAGAUUAGAUGUUAUGAGAUGUUAGAUUAGGGAUUUUCGAUGAAACUUUCCGGAGCUAUAGCUUUUUGCGACUGCAAAAUUGCAAACCUAUAGAGGAAUUUUGUGUAAAUUUCCUUAAUUUAACUAGGCUCCAUUAUCAGCUGCUGAGUCCGCAGAGACCACGAUCGAGGUCCUCGAGAGUGCAGCUGUUAAUUGAAGCAGAUACUAGAAGAUACGAAUGCCAAGUCCAUGGCAUUCAUGAAUUCUGUAAUGAAAUUAGUAUAGUUUACUCUGUAUGCUCCACUUGUCACCACUGUAUUUUUUUUGGUUUUUCGGGUUUGGAUGAUUUUCUUCUAUGGUUUUGCGGUUUCUAAUAAGCCCCAAUGCCCCCCUCAGUUGUGAAAGGUACGUGCAGAGCCAUAAUUCUUCUCUUGAAAUCUUUUUUCCUUCAGCGCUCUAUUUGCAACCACAGUUGCAGUCCGCUUGAUAUUCCUAUAACUCAGCCCGAGGGCCUCUUCAUAAGAGCCUGGGUUUAUUUAAUUGUAGCUCAAGGUUGAUCACCGUAACGUAUCCUAAUAUCUUUACAAUUCACACGAACCGGGCGGUUUGCCCUUCGAGAUUGACUCGAGAAUUUUAAUUCCAAGAGGAAGGGUAUAGGAAACGUUUCGAGAGGGAUAAUCGCUCGCGUUCGUUCUAUCGUUCUAUCUGUCUUAUUCAUCUAUACUAAACAUAUGAACUGAAAAGCAAGAAAUUUUGCCUUGAGGGUCUCAAUGGGGUUAACCUAUAGCCGUAAAACAGUCAAAAAUUAAGGCUUUUAGGCGUAAAAGUUGACCGGCAAAUUUUGACAAUUAGUCGUUACAAACGGUAACCGUAAAAUGUGUUAUUUUUGUAUCACAAAGAAAGGAAGUUAACUGUUGAAGCUGGAUCAAUUUUUCUUUACCGUGACGAAAGCUUACCGUCCUCGAAAAGGAUCACGCCAUCCAGAACGAAGAAUGCACAUUUGUCAGGGACGAUAAACUGUCCAAUAAAAGAGAUUUCAUUUAUCCUAAUUGGUAAGUUUUAUCGAGUGAGGAUCUUUUAAUUCAGUAUCUAGCUGUACGUGGUUUGUUUUGUUCUGCGGAGCAGCCACUAAAACUAAUCGGGCCUCUGUGAAAAUACGGUUUUUGAAGAACUAUCUGUCAAUUGACGGUUAUCAAAAACUGACAAAAAUUCAACGCUUGAAAGACUAAAUACAAACAACUAGACUCUCUUCUUUCCUUGCGAAGAAAAGCUGUUACUCCCGUUGACAAAUAGGGAAGAAAAAUGAUAUCCAGAAGAUUCUUUUAGUACGGCUAGAAACAAAAUCCGGACUUUUUUCAGGAUUUUUAAAGUCAAACGGAAUUUUAAGAAAAUUCGAUGAUUUUGGAGCAUUCAGGGAUUCUUAGACGAUAAUGUCUAGAAAAAAUACAGCCGAUAGCAUAAAAACAAAUUUAGGUGGUUUGUAGAACUUACUCUACUAGCUGUUUAUUGUCGUUAUCAUUUGUUUGAGAGAUACAUGUUAGGAGACGAACCAAUCAUUUUGAAUCAGUUUGAAGUUGCUUCCAUGCAGUUUCACCACAGGAAUCUCGCAUUUCAUGCAAAUUAUAUUAUUAUUUUAAAAUAAUUUUCGAGACAGAUCAGGACCUUUACAAAAAAUUUCGAGGUUUUUGAGAUAAAAAUGAGAUGUAUAGACAUUUUCAGGAGAAUUCUCCGAUAGAUUGUCGGGCCAUUUUUCGGAAUUUCUGUAUCUAGGCCUACUUCUACGGCAUCAUUAGUUUCAUGGCUUCUGCUUUGUUCCUCGCGGAUGGAUCUUUCGUCGUCCUCCUCCUCUACUGCAAUUGUUUCAGAUCGGCACCAAGGCAUAUCGUUGAAGAAGUAGAAGCUGCAAUGGAUGAUUUAAUGUCAUUUUUGUUACAGUCUGUCAUAGCUGUGUUCAUUCUUGAAGAAAAGAAUAUUUCUCUUGCUUCUUUCAACUCUUCAUAGAACAUGCCAAUGAGAGUUCGUUGAAUUCUAGACAGGGAUUUCUUGCCGUAGGGAACAAAACGGAACAAUCCGCUGACCCUUGAAGAACAUUCGAAGAGCUCAAUAUAGCCGCGAACAAUGAAAAAAUAAGUUAGCUAACAAUGGCGGGUUAAGGGAAGGGGCCCAGAGGGCCCGCCCCCCCCCCUUAUUUUAAUUAAAAAAAUAUAAUAAAAAUCGCAGAAGGAAAAAAAGCCGGCAAGGCAAGCGACAAAAUAACCGGACCCCCCUUAGCUCAAGGUCUGGAUCCGCCACUGGCUAAUUGUGGAAGCUCGUUCUUAAUUAGUCUAGGGCAGGAGCCCAUUAAUAGGAUCCUGGUCUAAGGUCAUCUCUUUCAGAACGCUUUCUGGAGUGCCUGCAUAACACAAUCCCUCUUCCAGUCGUUAUGUAUCUUUUCCAGGCCAGAUGGAAGCGCGAGUGAGGAAAGGGAAAAUUUUUUUUUUUCAUUUUCAUGAUGAAUGCUAAGGCCUUCUUUUCAAAGUUUGGUGGUUUUGAACUCCUGAAGGUGUGUUUAAGUUUAUAAGUGACGAAAGUGAAAUUGAUUUUAAAUCUAACUUGAUUCAUCAUAUUCAUCUGUGGUUCAUCUUCAGUGGGACCUUUCGUCUACCAUUGGUUGAACUGAAGUUGAACUAGUAUUUGGAAAGUCAGUUUUACUGUGGGAACAACCUACGGACAUCCAGACAAUCCCUUGAAACUUUGAAGCAAACCAACAUCUCAACUCACCACCCUCCCCUCUCCCUUUCCUCAUUAAAUAUGGGGAGAGAGGGAAGUGAACGCAACCGAUACGUGAAAAACAAUGGUAAAAUUAUUUUGCAUAUUCGCCCUCGCGGCGAAAUGGCGUGCAUAGAGCCAACUGUCCUGAAGGAGUUUACAAUGACAAAAGUCGAAUUGAAUCACUGAAUAGAAUACUCGCAACUAAAUGAGCUUCGUGCUCGACAAAACUCGUGCUUUCUUCUUUCCUAAUUUGUACUCUUUACUUAAUUUCAUAAAGGUUUCAAAUGUUUCGCUGAGUUUUUUGGUAAUGAUGGUUUAAAGGUUAGGAGUGCGCACGUUUCCUUCUCUCUCUUCCUCCUUUUCCUUUUUGCCUUCUUUCCUCUUUCUUUUUUCAUUUCUUCUCAUUUUUUUUAGGAAAAUGACAUAUGGGUCAAGUCUUGGCCUGUCGCUAUUGUGCUUGUAAAUGCAGGAGGGUCUAAAAGUUGCUUAAAAUACCGCUAAAAAUCCGAAACAUUGCUACCUAAAUUUCUUAACAUUUUUGCAUAAACGUUAAUUAAAGGCUUUAUUUUAACUUAUUCGCAAUUAUUGUUACCACUGGUCAAGAAAAAUAGCUUAAAACUUGGCUUUAAAUAGCUGCUCGCAAACAUGAGCGACAUUUAAGGAUACUUAAGUCUGACAGGACAAAACGCAACGUUCAUUUGACGUCUCGCCGAACGUCAUUUUAGCCAAUUAUCUGUAACAAUAUUAGAUAAAGUUUGCAAUAGGCCUGCGAAACGUUGCCAAUUGACAAGUUAUGUGUUAGCUUUUUCUAUGAAAUCGUCGACUUUUUCAUGCUUGAUAAGUGCUCUAAACCUAUAUUUUACCCAAAAAAUGCUCUGAAAAGCGAAAUUGCUGCAAGUUGAUAAAAGUUGCUCCAAAUGUCAAAAGUUGCAGUGCACAAUCGGGUCAGGCUUAGUCUAGUCUCGUGCCAAGACCUUUCACGCCCAAGAGGUGGAAGAGUUCCUUCGUUUCAGUUACACGGUAGGAUCUGGGCACUCGAUUAGUAUCGAUCAUUUUGAAAAACUAUAGUCAGUGAGUAAUCUUGUCAUAUUUUUAUCCCGAUGGUUAGUACGGAUCGGGGGAGUCAACGACACAGCAAAUCUUCGCGUCUAACCGUCAUUUUGUUUGAGGAGCACGGGCUCCUUUCUGAACAACGGAUGUUUAUCGAAAAGCCGACGUUACCCAUUCUCAUCUACCCACUCUACCAUUCUCAGUAUGUAUAGACAAAAGUUAUGGCGAGCAGGAAUGCUUCUCCAUUCCGUCCGAACACACAGUGGGAUCUGGGAAGUAUAAAACACAGCGAAUCUUCGUGUGGAAUCGUCACUUUGUAUAAGGAGCACGGGCUCCAUUCCGAACAGCGGAUGUUUAUCGAGAAGCCGACGUAGCCCACUUCAUAUAGUUACUCUACCAUUCUCAGUAUAUAUAGACAACAGCUAUGGCUGACAGGGAGGAGUCACUGAAUUCACGAAGGUGUUGCAAUUUUGCGUGGAUAGUGACCACGAUAGAAGGAGGCGUGAAACUCAUUGAGACGGUAACGACUUUCUUAGCGGCUGUUCUUACGCUUAGCUAUGAGUUCUAUGGCUACAAGGCAGAAUUCAAAUAUCAAGUCGGCGUAGCCACCUGCGCGCUCGUCUUCGUGGUUCUGCACAUCAUUUUCAGAAGCUUACGAUGCUUCGAGAAGGUGCCACCGCUGCUUGGAAUGGUUGGAUGUUUUCUCCUCUCGGUUGCCUUAGUUGUUGGCUCUGGAAUUGUGUACCAUGAUGGCAACAUCUAUGUGAAAGGGGAUGUAAUGAUUGGAUCAGGCAUUUGUGGCUUCAUAGCUGCUAGUUUGUUCUUCUGUGAAGCGAUUUAUUAUCUCUUUGCCCUCGUUUGUCGCCGAUCACCUCCACGUCAUGAUGAUGGAGAGGCUCUAAUUACAUGA